CAGUCUACACCAAUAUUGCCCUCAGCGCUUGUCAAAAGCCGGUCUGUGCCCAGUAUCGAAAAUGUCACAGCACAUUCUCUUGUGCUACUACACAGUAAAUUAAAGUGCAUUUAUCAUCCGUCGUCUAACCACAUUUAGCCUGGAUUACCAGUGUUGAUUAUCGGUCAGUUAUUGAUUAAGCACAUCUCAUCGGGAUUGUUUGCACCUACAGAUGUUUCGUCCAUUAUAAUGCAAGAUGCAUGCUGAUGCUCGGAAGUGGCUGCUCGACUGCGUGUUACUCGUCCUUUUAACCUCCUCCACCUACUGAAAAUAGCCGUAAACAGCUGAAAAUCGUUGAUAUUUUGGGGUGAAGAAUGACUGAAUAUAAACUUGUGGUUGUGGGGGCUGGAGGCGUGGGCAAAAGCGCUCUCACCAUCCAACUCAUCCAGAACCACUUUGUGGACGAAUACGACCCAACCAUAGAGGACUCGUACAGGAAGCAGGUGGUGAUUGACGGAGAGACGUGUCUCCUGGACAUCUUGGACACUGCAGGUCAGGAGGAGUACAGCGCCAUGAGGGACCAGUACAUGAGGACAGGAGAGGGCUUCCUCUGUGUCUUCGCCAUCAAUAACACCAAGUCCUUUGAGGACAUUCACCACUACAGAGAGCAGAUAAAGAGAGUAAAGGACUCUGAGGACGUCCCCAUGGUCCUGGUGGGGAAUAAGUGUGAUCUUCCUUCCCGCAGUGUGGACACCAAGCAGGCUCAGGAUUUAGCACGGAGCUACGGCAUCCCAUUUAUAGAGACCUCGGCAAAGACGAGACAGAGAGUGGAAGAUGCCUUUUAUACUCUGGUACGGGAGAUCAGGCAAUACCGGCUGAGGAAACUCAGUAAAGAAGAAAAGACGACUCAAUGCAUCAAGCUUAAAAAUUGUGUUUUGAUGUGAGCGGGGGCGUGGACGACGCGUUUUAUACUCUAGUCCGAGAAAUCCGGAAGCACAAGGAGAAGAUGAGCAAGGAGGGCAAGAAGAAAAAGAAGAAAUCCAAAACAAAAUGUGUUUUAAUGUGAACAAGCCUUUCCUGUCAUUAUAGACUCGGAAAAAGAAAAGAAAAAAAGGUUCACAACUGCAUUUUGUACAUUACACUAAAUUAUUAGCCUGCUCCGAAUACAGAAUGGAUCCUUAUUCUACUUGUUUUCUUAAAAGAAAUAAGCUUUACUUCUCGUUCGGUGCCAGUUGCCCCAAAGUGUUGGUCACCUUUAUGGCUUAUUUUAUCGGGUGGGCUUUAAAACUGGUGUUAUUUUGCAGUUGGUUUAGAGUAGUUUAGCAGGUUUCUAAAGAAAGGUGUGGAAUUGAAAACGAGGCUUUGGUGUGCUGUAUGAGAGAGAUCUAGACGUGUAGCUGAAUUUUGCAUGUGAGUCACUUGAUUUUGCAGGAACCGAAACAUUGAGGAAUUAGUUUUUUUUUUAGGACCAACACUUUCAGAGGGAGUUUUGAUGCAUUAUCACUGUGUAUGACCCUGCCUUUGUAUGUCCCAGACUUCCAAAAACAACCUGCAUGUGAACUUCCAUUGUAGUCGGAUUAACGAUGGUAAUGUGUGUGUGUGUGUGUAUAUAUGGUGAAAUCUUAACCUUAUUUCCCUGUUUGCAUGCUGUGUUCUGUUCUGUAAACUCCCAGGGAACGGUAAUGCGUUGAAUACUGUAUAAUAGCCACUGCUGUGUAGAAAGGAUGUUCUCAGUUGGUCCAAACAGGCGCUACGGUUUCAACAAGGCCAUUGUGAUCUUUUCAGUUAAAUUCAUGAAGGUUUAUAUACAAGUCAAAAUCUGGUAAGAAGAAAAUGAUGAUCUUAAGCAACGAAACCAAACAUUUUUUUUAAUAUAUAAUUUAAUUUUUUAAAGGACUGAGAAGAUGGUGAUCUGCAUUUUAAUAAAAGCCACCUGUUAGUUUCAGGGAGUGAAGAACAAAGGUAUACUCGCAUCUGUUCUGUUUUAGGUAUGUUACGUUUCUGACAGACGGCGUGUUUUAGCCGCGCGGUCCACAUUUUCUUUCUGGAAGGCGAUAACCGUCAAAACGUUUGUGUGUAGGUACAUUUGUUUUUAGGAAAUGUGUGCACUCCCUGAACCUCCGCUAGCUUCUCCUACAUUCUUCCACCGAAUGUUCUGCACGUUAUUUUUGACGGACAAAUCGUUAAAUUCAGCUGUCGUAAAUGAAUCGACUUUUGAAAACCAAAUUGUCUCUUAUAACACAAAUCUUUUAUUUAAUCCCAUGAGAAAAAAAUGCAGAUCCUGUUGUAAGUAAUAUUGAUAAAUCUCUUUUUUAAACCGUUUUUGCAUUACUCCCCCUUAGCAGAUUUUGACUAAAAUAUAAAGCUGGCCAAUCAGAAUCCAGUAUUCCAGGGAGUGCGUAAUAAUUCGAAUCUCUUUUCUGUAACGUUCUACGCUCACGAACGCCUCACUUCUGCACUCAGAGGAGGAUUUUUAUGACGUAUGAAUAUAAACCCUCUUGUGCCCAGCCAAACAGCGCCUUAGAAGUCCGAGUAAUUAAUUACAUUGAAUUGUUUUUGCUAAAUUUUGAUUAGUGAAUAUAACCUACUGUACCACUAGUUGUUGUGAUGAAAAUAUAUGUUUAUAUAUUUAAAAAAAGACAACAAAUGCCUUGUUUGUUUAUGCUGCCAUCAACUAUCAAGACCUUAUAGUUCUAGAAGCCCAAUUCUAGUCGAAUCGAAACUGAAACGCAUACAUUUCCAAGAGUCAGUUGUGUACUAUGGUAAAACGUGGCUAGCUUAGCUCUGGAGGGCACAUUUUCAGCCAUCACUCAAACCAAAGAGAGUGAUCGAAAGAUUUAUUUUGUGUGGCAAUACUUGAUGUCAUGAGAUGAUGUCAUUUGUGGGAUAUUUUCGAUAUAAGAGCAAAAUGUUGCUUUAAAACCGUCGGUGAGCUAUUUUACCAUGCAUCCUUAACUAUUACUAGUUUGUUUUUUCUAAUAAUUGUUUCUAUAUCACAGUUUGACUAAUACAGAGAAAUCUAAACCGGAAAUAAAUCAGGACGUCCGCUCUUAUGCAAAGUUUAAAGUGUUUUGGGUGAUUUCUGUUCCCUUUAAAACCAUUUAGCCUACUAGCCGUCUGUAACGCGAGUAGCGAAGUCAUUAGAUAUUUUUUGAAUCGUUUCUGAAAUGUUUUCUGUCUGUUUGUGUGCCAAUUGCACAUGUUGAUAAAAUGGUUCACCUGAACAUGGACCUUGUUUUAACAGCCUUUGUACGGUUGUGAUAAGAAAGAUGACUAUUUUGUAAAUUGUGCUUAUUUUUUUUUUUUUGGUUUAAUGAAUUGAAUGACGCUUAAUUGUAAUGAAGGGUCACGUGUUCACGUAUAUGAGAAAGUGCCGAUCUGAGGUCGUCUUUCACAUCUGUCAUGUUUUGGUGAAUUUGAUUAUUAAGAUGAGGCAAGCUGUUCUCAGAUCUGCACGGUUUUAUAAAUGCAUUAAUCUCAUCAGUCUUAUUUAAUGUGUAAUUAAAAGAAAUACAUAAACCCCACAGGAAA